GAUUAUCUGACAGUUUUUUCAUUGUUGAAGUUUACCAUUUAUUAUAAUUUAGUUCAACAUAAUCCAACAUAUUCGUUUAGUCUAAAAUAAACUAGAAUUUCAACAAAAAGUAAGAAAUAUGUUUACUAAUUCAAACAUUAACACUAUACAACAUAUUGUAGUAAAUAAUUUUCCUGAGAAUAUAAAUGAAAUUCAAUAUUCAACCGCCCAAAACGGUGCUAGCGGAAGUAUUGAUUUUCAUAAGAAAAGAAAUCAUACUGAAAUUUCAACUGUUCAAAACGAUGCUAGUGGAUCUAAUAAUUUUCAUAAGAAAAGAAAUAACACUGAAAUUUCAACAAUUCAAAACGGUGCCAGCGGUAGUCGCAGUAUUGAAAGUAUACCUAAUGUCACUCAAAUAUCUCGAAAUAUUCAAAAUGUGAACAAGACUUCGACUUCGAAAUCUGACACUAACAAUAAAGAUUUUAAGCCAUUUGGUUCUCAUCCCGGUGAGAAACUCUUUAUACUUACAGGGACAGUCGAAAGAGUCAUACAAUGGAACAAACUUUUGUCCAAUAAAUCCUGCUGUUUCGAAGUUAUCGCUGCUGUUAUAUCUCUCCAGGAAGGUAAGAUACGAACCCAAAAAGUCAUGCUGUUACGAGACAGAACCGGACCUAUACUACAAGUUGUUUAUUACCCACAUAUUACCCGUCUCGCUAUUGAAGAUUUUGAUUUAGGAAAAAUGAUUAGAUGUGUAGGACACAUGAUUGGAUCCAAUAUUUUAAAUGCUAUUAGUAUUAGGAAUGCAUCAAAUGAUGAAGUUGAAAGUUUGCAGAGAUUGACGCUGAUAUCUGAGCAAGCUGUAAGUACGCAUUUGAAAAAUUAAAUGAUGUUAUUAGAAAAAAUAAAAUAUGUGUUAUUGGUUAAGAAUUAAUGUGUUAAAUACAUAAAGUAAUGUUAACUAUAUUUAAGUAUUGUUCUGAUAACUAUUUGUUGCUAUUAUAAAUGAAUU